GAGAGAUUUGCAGCCCCAAACAAAUCCGGUGAAUGCGAUGGGCACAGCGACCACCUCUUCGCCGACUCAAUCACCAUCGAUCGGCCCACAUUCGAGUCGCUCUACCGCUUAUCGCAUCGCUGAUCCUGGACUGCUUCAGCGACGCCUAGACGCGAAUGCCCAUUCACCUCAGGGUGUCCCGUGGCUCAUGCAAUUUUACCUAGCCGGACUGGUGUCGAGGAAGCGGCUUGACUGGGACAAGCUUUCGAGGUCUGAUCUUCUCAAGCAAUUGCGGCAGCCGACAGCCAUGGAUGCGGUUGAGCGGCUGCUGCAGCCGAACAAUCGCGCUCUCUUGUGGAAAGGCGCCCUGGAUGGGUGCCCCUUCCCGAAGAGCGUCCUCUCCGCUUUUAAGCAGUAUGACGAGGAGAGUUCUUCGGGACAGCAGGGUCGCAUAUGUCUUAGAGGCGUAGUGGCCACCGAGGCCUCAGAGCGCUUCUCCGUCAGGCUGGCGCCGCCAAAGCUUUCCCCGAGCACAAGGGUUACCAGAAGGUUCGGCAGCACUAGCGUUCUCCGCCUGCGGUUGGAUGAGAAGACGGCCAAAAGUGUGUGGGACCCAAAGCAGGCCAGAGCGUUGCGAGAUUUCCUCUGCCUGCCCAUGAUCCUAUGUGGUCGCACAUAUCGGGCUUUCACAGUGCGCGACGGAGCUGUGCUUUUCUUUGUCAUAGACGGUGCCGGCCUCCCAUCCAACCAUCCACAGUGCAUAUGGGACCUGUACAGCUGGAUGGGAGAGUGGCGGCACAAUGAGGAGUCUCUGCUCGUCAAGUAUCUGAGUCGCGCAGCGCUCAUCACCUCAAAGACGGUCGCUGGCGUCAUCAUUCCUCAGAUCCACUACGAACAGGAUCUCGAGAAUACAGAAGCUGGAAAUGUCGGAAGCGUCAUGACGGAUGGCGCCGGCUCGAUCACGAGAAGUGCUCUGUGCGCUCUCGCCCAGGAACUUGGUCUGCCUACAAUCCCUGCAGCUUUUCAAGGCCGAUUUGCUGGUGCCAAAGGCGUGUGGUAUGCCGAUGUCGCCAGCACCACGGCGAGCGCUCUCUCCAUCACUUGCCGAGACAGUCAGGUGAAGCUGAAGUUGGGAGAGGCAUCCGUUCGAGACCCAAGCCACAACACCUUUGAUAUCGUCACGCCUGCUCGAUUGAGUCUUCCGAGCAAGCUUUCCAAGCAGAUUAUUCUGGUGCUGGAACAUAAUGGCGUCAGUCCCUUGACCAUCAUCGACUUGCAGACCGCCCAACUUGAAGCGAUCGCCGGUCGUCUCUGCCUCUUACAGAGCGAGAACGGCUCUUCAGAUUCGAUGCGUGAGCGUCUAGCUAAAGAGGUCGACAUACUAGGAGGUGUGACUGCUGCGCGGGCACGCCAUGCAGCACCGUGCGAUGCCAGGGCCAAAGGCCUCAGCCGAUUCAGUGCAGACUCAGAUGACGAAGACUUGAGCGACGAUGACGAUGGCACGCCUUCCUCCACCACGAUGGCACCUUCUGCAAGUAGCGACGACAGCGCAGCGGGGUUAGGCUAUCGAGCACGAAGCUUGGGCGUUCAUCAGAGAGCUUAUGAUGCGCUCAUCUCUGGAUUUGAGCCUGCAAAUUGUGCUAUGCUUGCCAGGGCCCUGCGCGAAGUCUUGCACGUCGCUUUGCAGACCGUCAUUCGUGACUUUGCGGUCCCUGUCGCGCAAAGCGCAGAAGCAAUCGUAAUUCCCGACCCUGCGGGCGUUCUAGAGGAGGGGACCAUACACCUAGGAUUUGGUGAUCAAGCUCCAACCGACCCCGUCACCGGCAUGCGCGUAGGAGUGCUCGAUAACAUGGAUGUUCUCGUUACGCGUCACCCAUGUCUUCUUCCGACGGACAUUCAGAAAGUCAGAGCCGUCAGUCAUCCAGCCUUGGCGGCGUAUCCGGACGUGGUCAUUUUCAGUACGAAGGGCCAGCGGCCUCUUGCCGACAUGCUGAGCGGGGGAGAUUACGAUGGCGAUCUCGUCAGGGUGUUUUGGGGUCCCUUGACCGACGACUUUAAGAAUGCACCUGUGCACUUUUCGUGCGCGGAUCCCUCUUGGCAACAGCAAUUCUUCAGGAAGGACAGCCGCAAGGUCUCGCACUUCAUCGAGUCGACGCUCAGAGGAGCAGGGGACACGGACGCGAGGGACGCCAAAUUGUGCAACGUCAUCUUAGACCCGCUGCUGAGACCGGACUUUCGUGGCGUCUAUGGUCAUUUGCAUCAAGUCGUUCAGUACGAGCAAGGCACUGACUGCGACAAAGCCAAAGAAUUUGCUUUCAAGUUUAACAACAGCAUGGAUGGAGGCAAGACGGGUCUUACGAUCAAGCCAGAGGUGUUGAGUCGAGACAAGCGCGAAUUUGAUCGCAAAUUGCCGGAUUGGUUCAGCAGACACACCUCGGCCGAUGAUGGUCGAAGAGAAGCCCAGCGCGCUUCGCACCUUCCUCCGUACAUUCUUUCGACUCUUGCGGCAGCCGGCGAGAAAGCGAGCCGUGCUAUACAGACCAAGUACCGCCAGGACCUCGAGGAAAAUGCAGCCGUGGAAGUCGACGCAGACUUGACCGCGCCAUGGUUAGAGGCUUUGACAAAGGGACGUCUACCAGAUCCGCAGAAGAACGCCGUCUUGCAUCACGUUCGGGAGACCCUUAACUUCUACAGAGACUUGAAACGAUCUUUGGCAGCAGAAGCAUCUCGAGAUGAGCGGAGGCGCAAUUUUGAAGGAGAAGAUAGAAUCACCCGAUCACCGACGAAGAAUAGGGCGCCGUCAUCACCUUCCCAUCCUAGAUCAAGCUCUGGCGCAUCGCCUAGGACUUUUGAAGAGCUCGAAGCGUACUUUCACGCGUGGCCCAGCACACCCUCUGCUUGGCCCAUCGCGAACAUCGACAAGGACAAGGCAGCCGCUCCGAACCCUUUGUCUCUCCUCGAUGCUCAAGAGCUGCAGAGGCUCACGAUCAUCCUUACGAGCUGCGCUCAUCUGCUCGGUGCCGAGGCUAAGCAGCCCUCUUUUGGCUUCGACGUUGCCUGGAAUACGACGCUUGGCAUCAAAGCACAAGCUGUUGGCACUCGCACCGGUGCCGGCACGUUUACAACACCCAACACGACGGCGAUGAAGAUGAAGAUUGGAAGACUCUACUAGAAGCUUCGCGCGUUUCUUUUGUAACAUACCAUCUUGAGGUGCUCCGUGU